CCCUCCGCCGGUCCCUCCCCCGGCGGCCUGGCGCCUCCCUCCCUCCCCGCCGCGGUGACUCACGGAGAGGCGGAGGCUGAGGCGGCCGCUCCUGCUGCUGCUGCCGCCGCCGCGGCUGCUGCUCCGGCUGAGCGCGCCCCGGAACAGGCCGCCGCGCUCCGGACCCGCAGCCCCCGGCGCUGCGCGCUCGGGCGGCCCAGGAGUCCCCAGAGCUGGGCCAGGGGGAUGAACCGCGAGGGAGCACCCGGUAAGAGUCCGGAGGAGAUGUACAUCCAACAGAAGGUCCGUGUGCUGCUCAUGCUGAGGAAGAUGGGGUCAAAUCUGACCACCAGCGAGGAAGAAUUCCUGCGCACCUACGCGGGGGUAGUCAGCAGCCAGCUCAGUCAGCUGCCACAGCACUCCAUCGACCAGGGUGCAGAGGACGUGGUGAUGGCGUUUUCGAGAUCGGAGACGGAAGACCGGAGGCAGUAGCUGAAAGCUUGGGACGUCCUGAAAGCUACCAAGGGCCAAGAGAUCUGUGGGGCUCCUUUUCCAGUUGAGUGGUAGCAAACCACCUUCUUCCCUCCCUCUGCUCCCCUUACCCCCUCCCAUCCCCACCCCAGCCAGCCACUCAGCAGGGCUGGCAUCAAUGGAGAUGCCACUGAUGGUUUGCGAUUGGCUUAAGGGAUGGACUCGUGAUUGGCUGCAGGAAGAAACCUUUUUAUUUUUAAAUCUUGACCAACGGAAACCUUUUAUUUUUAUUUCUGACUCUUUAUUUUUUUAAAAUGUGCGCCUCGGUAGCUGGCUUCCCCGGCAGCUCUCCGAGCUCUGGUGCUUUAUUUAGGUCAUUUUUUUAGGAACGUGAAGAGGCCCAAUUGGCUGCUUAAACUAGAAAAAAGAUUGUGAUUGGCUUCUGGGACAUGGUCUUUUAUUUGAUUGGCUGCAGGUGUUCUGCUCAUAUCAUCAACUUCCUCUAUUCUGAAUGCAGAAAACAGGGUUUGGGGAUAUUGAUUGUUAUAUUUGACUUGAAAAAAGAAAAGAAAGAAACCAAAUGAGCUUUGCAAUAUUUAUUACACAGAGAGCUUGCUGCUGCCUUCA